GCCGCCGCGGCGGGGGAGGUGGGGCGAGGCGGGCUUGCUGAGGCGAGGCAGUGGCCGGGCCGGGCCGGGCCACAGGCGGCGGCGGCGGCGGUAGCGGCGGAGGGACCAUGGAAGCAGCGGUCGCCGCUCCGCGUCCCUGGCUGUUCCUCUUCGUGCUGGCGGCGGCGGCGGCAGUGACCCUGGUCCCGGGGGCGACGGCAUUACAGUGUUUCUGCCACCUUUGCACAAAAGACAAUUUUACUUGUGUCACAGAUGGACUCUGCUUUGUCUCUGUCACAGAGACCACAGACAAAAUUAUACACAAUAGCAUGUGUAUAGCUGAGGCCGACCUAAUUCCUCGAGACAGGCCAUUUGUAUGUGCACCAUCUUCAAAAAUGGGGUCUGUUACUACAACAUACUGCUGCAAUCAGGACCACUGCAAUAAAAUAGAACUUCCAACUGUUGGAAAGCCAUCACCUGGCCUUGGUCCCGUUGAACUGGCAGCUGUCAUUGCUGGACCAGUCUGCUUUGUCUGCAUCUCACUUAUGUUGAUGGUCUAUAUCUGCCAUAACCGCACUGUCAUUCACCAUCGAGUGCCAAAUGAAGAGGACCCUUCAUUAGAUCGCCCUUUUAUUUCAGAGGGUACUACAUUAAAAGAUUUAAUUUAUGAUAUGACAACAUCAGGAUCUGGAUCAGGUUUACCAUUGCUCGUUCAGAGAACAAUUGCAAGAACUAUUGUGUUACAAGAAAGCAUUGGCAAAGGUCGGUUCGGAGAAGUUUGGAGAGGAAAGUGGAGAGGAGAAGAAGUUGCUGUGAAAAUAUUCUCUUCUAGAGAAGAACGUUCAUGGUUCCGUGAGGCAGAGAUUUAUCAAACUGUAAUGUUACGUCAUGAAAACAUCUUGGGAUUUAUAGCAGCAGACAAUAAAGACAAUGGUACAUGGACUCAGCUCUGGUUGGUAUCAGAUUAUCAUGAGCAUGGAUCCCUUUUUGAUUAUUUGAACAGAUACACAGUUACUGUGGAAGGAAUGAUAAAACUUGCUCUGUCCACAGCAAGUGGACUUGCCCAUCUUCAUAUGGAGAUUGUUGGUACUCAAGGAAAACCAGCCAUUGCUCACAGAGAUUUGAAAUCAAAAAAUAUCUUGGUAAAGAAGAAUGGAACUUGUUGUAUUGCAGACUUGGGACUGGCAGUAAGGCAUGAUUCAGCCACAGAUACAAUUGAUAUUGCUCCAAACCACAGAGUGGGGACAAAACGGUACAUGGCCCCUGAAGUUCUAGAUGAUUCCAUAAAUAUGAAACACUUUGAAUCCUUCAAGCGUGCUGACAUCUAUGCAAUGGGCUUAGUAUUCUGGGAAAUAGCUCGAAGAUGUUCUAUUGGUGGAAUUCAUGAAGAUUACCAGCUGCCUUAUUAUGAUCUUGUACCUUCUGAUCCAUCAGUUGAAGAAAUGAGAAAAGUUGUUUGUGAACAGAAGUUGAGGCCAAAUAUUCCAAACAGAUGGCAGAGCUGUGAAGCCUUGAGAGUAAUGGCUAAAAUUAUGAGAGAAUGUUGGUAUGCCAAUGGAGCAGCGAGGCUUACAGCUUUGCGGAUUAAGAAAACUUUGUCACAACUCAGUCAACAGGAAGGCAUCAAAAUGUAAUUCUGCGGCUUUGCUGAACUCUCCUUUUCUUCAGAUCUGCUCCUGGGCUCUAAUUUGGGAGGUCACUUGUUCUACCUCACUGAGAGGAACAGAAGGAUAUUGCUCCUUUUGCAACAGUGUCAUAGGUCAAUUUAAAGCUUCCCAGGGUUUCUUUGGGCCCAGGAAUCAGCCAUGUGGGCCCUCUCUGUGCACUAUGAACUCUUCUUUCCCAGGACAGUUACAAAGUGUUGCAUAGUCUACCUUUAUUUUUUAUUAAUACAAAACUCUUUGUUUUUUAAAGCUAAAAUUUCUGGUCUUAACGUUAGGCAACUCUGCUGUGCUGAAGAUCAUCUUUAAGGGUAAAGGAGCUGGAUAGUUGAGUCAUACGGAAGCAUUUCUUUUUUUUUAAAGAAAUUUCCUCCUGGUUAGUACAUUCUCAGAGGAUUCUGAACCACUAAAGAGUUUCCUUGAUUCAGACGCUGAAUGUACUGUUCUGUAAAUUUCAGGAUCUUAAAACUAACACUUAAAAAACUCUUAGCUUGAGUCUAAAAAUGACCUCAUAUAAUAGUGAAGAACAUAAUUUAUGCAAUUUUAUUUUGUAAUAAUUAUUGUUCUUUCACAUAUUCAGAAUAUUACAUGCCUUCAAAUGGGAUUGUACUAUACCAGUAAGUGCCACUUCUGUGUCUUUGUAAUGGAAAUGAAUAGAAUUGCUUAAAGUCUGCUUGUAUGUUAAAACCUGUAGUGUUUCAAUUCAGAUAGUUUAUCGGGGUAAACCAGACAUUUUAGUUUUUGCUUUUUUUUCUUUUUUUAAGAGUUUUUGUGAUGUCAUUUAGUAUUCCAAUUUAAAAAUGCCUUUCUACCAGAAUGUGCUUAAACCACUAAAGAAAUGAAGUGGCAUUAAUUGGUAAAUUGUUAUCAUGGUCAUGUUGAAUAGUCUCUCAUCAGGGUUUUGCAUUUUAGUUGUGUCGUCUAAGUAUACUUUAAAAAAUAUCAAGUGGCACUCUAGAUGCUUAUAGUACUUUAAUUUAAAAUUGGUAGCAUACAGGCUAAUUUUUUUAAAACGGAAAAUUUGUCUAGCUGCUUGUGGAAAGUUGUGUGGCAUUUUGUAAGCCAUUUUGUUCUGUAUUUGAUCAAAGACAGUGUUAUUUUUU